UCUUGCGUCAUGAGCGUUUGUCCACGAACGCGGAGCAGCUGAUCCCGAGGAGCGCCGAGCCUCGGCUGGAACUCACCGGGAGAAAGUUUCUUAUUACAGCAUUUGUUGUGCAACACACAGCCAAACUAUUGUUGCCUUAACACUUGCAAUAAUUGAAGGUACGGUACUUGGCUGGCGUUUCAAAACGUAAUGUUGUUUAAGAAGAUUUGUAAGGAAAUUCACAUAGGCAUAUGUAUUUGUUAUGGUUAAAUAAUACAAAAUGUUUCAUCAAGGAAAAUGUAAUAGUUUACAAAGACAUUCCUUCAGUAUAUAUAGAUGUGUUAAAUCCAUUUCUACAAGACAGAGGACUCAAUGUGAAUGUUUAAAUUCCUUAGAUACAAACAAAUCAGAAAGUGAAUAUUUGAAAAUAUUUUCUUCUCAAGAAAAUAGAGUACAACCAAUUUAUAGAAACAGAGAAUUGAAAUGGUGUUUGCUCAAUGUAAAUACACUCAGGUUUCAACCCAGAAGAAUAACACAGAAAAUGUUUGGAGGAUUAUACACACAGCCACUCCAGAAUAAGCUGACUGAUAUAAGGUAUCGAGAAUACUCAUCCUCAUCAAGCACAGUGGGUGAAAGUCUGACACACUGGACUGCUAAACUGGAAGAUUCAGGUGUCCCAGAGAGCAGGCUUUCAGCAGAACAUAUUACUGCCCAUGUAAUGGGGAUGCCAAGGAGAAAGCUACUUGAAAAUUUAAGAAUAUCAGUAUCUGAGGACUUAUACAGUGAAUUAGACCGUUUGAUGACAUGCAGACUUGCAAGAAUGCCAGUUCAGUAUAUUGUCGGUGAAUGGGAUUUUCACAAUAUAACCUUGAAGAUGAGACCUCCAGUGUUCAUCCCCAGACCAGAAACUGAAAGUCUAGUUGAGAAAGCACUAGAGCUCCUACAGGGUAUAUCAAUGCCAAAAGUUUUAGAAAUUGGCUGUGGUUCAGGUGCAAUCAGUCUUUCUCUUCUGAAGUGUAUGAAAGAACUUCAGUGUGUGGCAGUGGACCAGAGUAAGCAUGCUGUUUCACUUACAAAAGAGAAUGCUCAGCAGCUAAAAUUAGAUGACAGAAUAGUAGUUUUGGAAGGCAAAGUAACCCAGGAAAAAUUCCCAGCUCUACCUUAUGAUAAAUUUGAUUUGGUAGUAUCUAACCCUCCCUAUGUUCUUCGGAAGGAUUUGAUGGGGGUUGGUCCCGAAAUUAUGAUAUUUGAAGAUAUGAGAGCUUUAGAUGGAGGAAAAGAUGGGCUGGACACAAUCAAACCAAUCUUGCUUCACUGUCAGCAUUUCCUUCCAUCUGGUUGUUCCAUACUCAUGGAGGUUGACCCAUGUCAUCGUUAUCUGAUACCUGCAUGGUUGAAGACACAAAAUGUAAAUUUGGAGAUCAGCAAUAUUAUUCAAGAUUUUAAUGGGAAGGACAGAUUUAUUGAGUUUACUAAGAUUUAAUGUAUACUUCAAUUGUUAUGUAGUAAUUAUAGAUGAAAUGAAUAUAAAAAUAGUCAUGAAGGUUUUGUUUAAGAAAUCUUAAAUGGAAAAUACCAUACUGUGAGAAUGUUUGUUACAGUAAACUAUUAUUGCUAAA